CAACACAAACAAGGCUCCCCGCAGAAUAAAGUGCACUGUGCCUGGCUAGGUUACCAACACCUCAGGGACAGCUACGUAAUGCCAAUUGGACGAGAUAUAUGAUGGCGCCUCCUCGUUGUUUGUCGCAUUUGCGACGGAGCUGGGGUUCCGAUACUCUCAACGUCAAUAUAUAAACUAUGGUUUCUGGCUCGCUCCUCAGAUUCUCGUGAAGCUCAGCCUCCUUGCUACAGACUCAAUCGACCUUUCCUGAGCAACCGUCAUGAAGCUUACCGCCGGAAUAACGUUGGCCUUCCUGGCCGCGAGCACCGUAGCAUCGCCAACAUGGCCAACAUGGCCUCCGUUCGGAGGGAAGCCUAAGUACCACAAAGGCAUCCCUUAUGCUGAAGGAUCGAAGUUCAUGUUAGAUGGCAAACCGUUCCUCUUUGCUGGAAGCAACGCAUACUGGCUCCCAUUCAUCAACAACCCUUCGGAUGUGAGGAACGCUCUUACACAGGCCAAACAUGCUGGCUUGAAAGUCAUGCGUACAUGGGCUUUUAAUGACAAGAACGCAACUUAUAUUCCCGGCGGGCUACCAAUGUACGGAGGAGAAGGAGCAGGCGAAUCCCCGAUAUAUUUCCAAUCGUUCAAGGACGGAGUGGCAACGAUCAAUUACGGCCCUAAUGGAUUGCAAGCACUCGACAAGGUGGUCAAGAUUGCUGAAGAAACUGGGAUUAAACUCGUCAUGGCCUUAACCAACAACUGGGCGGAUUAUGGAGGUAUGGACGUUUACACAGUUAACCUUGGUGGGAAAUACCAUGACGACUUUUUCCAUAGCCCGAAGAUCGUCAACGCCUUCAAGAAAUACACCGCUGCCGUUGUCAGUCGGUACAAAGACUCCCCGGCUAUAUUCGCAUGGGAGCUUUCCAAUGAGCCCCGCUGCGGUGCUGAUGGAACGAGGAAUCUGCCUCGCUCUGCUGGCACGAACUGCUCCCAUGUGAUGGUUACCGAUUGGAUUGCUGAUAUGGGGAAAUUUAUCAAAGGAAUCGACAAGAAGCAUAUGGUUACUUGGGGUGGCGAAGGCGAGUUCUACGAGGAAGGUAACGAGGAUUGGGCCUAUGCAGGCGCUGAUGGCGGACACUUCUAUAAUGAACUGGCACUGCAAGAAAUGGACUUCGGUACUUUCCAUCUGUACCCUGACUGGUGGGACAAGACCGCCGAAUGGGCCAACAAAUGGGUAGCGGACCAUGGAAAGGCACAGGUCAAACUCAAUAAGCCUGUCUUGUUUGAGGAGUACGGUUGGCUCCAUCCAGAAGAUCGGCUUGCAUUCGUCAACAGGACUGUCCCUGCGAACCAGACGAGGGUGGCUGUCAUUGGAGAAUGGCAGAAGAUAGCUCUCCAAUAUAAGAUGAGCGAUGCAUACUGGCAGCUGGGUGUGUGUGGGCUUAGUACUGGGUGCAACCAUAACGACGGGUUCACAAUUUACCUCAACAACACCGAAGAGAGCCGUCCUCUUAUCUUUCAGCAUGCAAAAGAUGUAGCAAAGGUAAAUUCAAGGUUAUAAAUAUAUAGAGGGAGUGGUGGUUGAAACCGUA